AUGCGCUCAAAGCCUGUCGCACAACAUCGUCCUCCCCAGAUGCUCAUCUGGACACCCAAAUGUGCUCGCAAGAUGGCACCAGCCUCAGGAGCCAUUAUGAAGCCUCAUCGAUACCGCCCAGGAACUGUCGCUCUCCGGGAGAUCCGAAGGUACCAAAAAUCCACGGACCUUAUUAUUCGGAAAGCCCCAUUCCAACGGCUUGUCCGAGAGAUCAUUCAAGAUUAUUUGAUCGACUACCGAUUCCAGUCUUCUUCCAUUCUUGUAAUGCAAGAAGCCUCUGAGGCGUACUUGGUCGAGAUAUUCGAGUUAACGAAUCUCUGCGCCAUCCACGCCAAACGAGUCACAAUCAUGACUAAAGACAUGAUGCUAGCGAGAAGAAUCCGAGGAGAGCGUGCUUGA